AUGCUGCGCCUCCACUAUUUCCACACAAAAGAGAUCCUUAAACGGAGCAGAACCCAAUCUGGCUGGAUGGAGAAAUACCAGGACGUUGCGGUUUAUGCCGACCUAUUGACAUUCACGCUCAAAAGGAGAGCAUUCCAUGCCAUCAUGGAGCAACUCAAAUCCCACAGAGUCGUCUACCACUGGGGAUACUUCUUGAAACUGUUGGUGCAUUGGGAGGGUAAGACCAUGGUAUGGUUUACCCCCGAAGACUUGGCUAAGAAGCUGCGCGACUGGGGAGCGGAGCCGAUGGAACAACCAAGGCCUGCUGGAGCACCCAGGCGCUUUUCCCCCUACUGGAAGUGGGCGAGACGGAGAUAG